AUGAGCAAGUUCUCGAUGUUGGCCUUGGCUCUCUUGAGCCUCGCGUCCGCCUCUUACAGUCGGGUCCUCGAGGACGACAUCGCCGCGAUCAUCCGCGAGCGACUGGGAGGCGACGCCGACCCGCGCGAGUCGGCGCAGUUCGUCCGAGAGACGCUGGAGGCGCUGCAGGCGGCGGGCGGGAUUCGCGGUCGCCGCGGUCCCCCGCGCGUCUCCCAGGAGAUCGACGACGACCUUGACCUCGACACGCCAGAACUGAUCGCGAAGUACGGGUACCCCUCGGAGACGCACACGAUCACGACGGCAGACGGUUAUAUAAUAGACAUGCAUAGGAUCCCGUAUGGGCUGAGUGGGCCGGGAGAGGGACCGAGGAUCCCGAUCCUCCUUCAGCACGGCCUUCUUUCUUCCUCCGCCUGCUGGGUUCUCAACGGUCCCGAGAAUGGACUCGGCUUCUUGUUGGCGGAUGCAGGCUACGACGUUUGGCUCGGGAACGUGAGGGGGAACACCUACGCAAGGAACCACGUCAGCAUGACCCCAGACGAUGGUGCUUUCUGGUCUUUCAGCUGGGAUCAGAUGGGAGAGUUCGACGUGCCGGCGAUGCUGGACGAGAUCCUGCAGACGACCGGCCAGGACAAACUCCAUUACGUCGGACACAGCAUGGGAACGAUCGUGUUUUGGGUCAUGAGCGACAUGCGACCCGAAUAUCGAGACCAUAUCCUGAGCAUGCACGGGAUGGGCCCGGUUGCCAAGGUUCAUCACAUGACCAGUCCCAUUCGACUCAUCGCUCCCUUUGCAGAUCAAAUCCAGUGGUUGCUGGAGAUGCUCGGCUUGCACGAAUUCAUGCCGAGCUCCGCCUUCAUGGAUUUCUUGGCCGCCUUCAUCUGCACCGAGGACUGGAGUCAAUUCAUAUGCGAAUCCGUCAUUUUCCUUCUCUGCGGCUUCGACGAAGCGCAGAUGGACGAGGCGCUGAUUCCAAUGAUCGUGGCCCACAACCCAGCGGGGACGUCCACGCAAAACGUCGUCCACUUCGCCCAGCUGGUGAACUCUGAAAGAUUCCAGCACUUCAAUUGGGGGCGAGAAGGAAAUUUGGAACACUACGGCCAAGAGCAACCUCCCGAGUAUGACCUGACCAAGGUCAACACGCCGGUCUUCCUCUACUACGGCGAUAACGACUGGCUCGCCGACCCCGAAGACGUUGUAUGGUUGGCGAGCGAAUUACCGAGCCUGAUCGAUAAUUACCGGGUUCCCUUUGACGCCUGGAAUCAUCUGGACUUCCUUUGGGGGAUCGACGUCAAGGAAUUUCUCUUUAACAGGCUCUUGGAAAUGAUUAAAAUCUUCGAGCCGUAA